AUGGCCCUUCAGAAGAAGCCCGCCAUAAAGGACCAGAAGGUGAAGCGAAAGCCUGCACUGAAGAAGCCGGCCCAAAGCCACGAGAAGAUCCCCAAGGUGGACGUGUUUCUUCUCGCGGGUGAAGAGCAGAUGGAUGCCAGAGAAGAAGCCCUUUCGAAGAAGAAGCACCCAGAUGCUGAUGGAGAGGAGCCGAACCUGAGCCAAGCCUCGACACUGGUACUUCCAGGAGUUCCGGGAGCUGUGCUGCCAGAAUACCCGCAGAAGGAUGAUGAGAAACCGUUGCUAGAAGAGCCUGAGCCGGAGCCUGUGAAAGAAGCCUUCAAAGAAGAGGACAAGAAGGACAAGGAGCCAGAAAAGCUCAGGACUUUGAGCCAGCGGAGCCGCAUGGAUUCAGAGGCAGAAUUGUCUGCUCGCUUUGCUGCUCUGGAAUCUUUCUUCCAAAGUGUCAUUGACGCUCGUUGUUCUGUUUUGGAGCAGCGACUAGCUGCAGUGGAGAUCACGAACCAGGACGAUCGUUGUUCUGUUUUGGAGCAGCGACUAGCUGCAGUGGAGAUCACGAACCAGGCUGUGCUGAAUUCUUUGCGGCACGUGUCUGGCGAGGUCGAAAACCUCGAGAAUCGUUUUGCGGUUUUUGAGUUUGCCAACGGCCCCGUUAGUGAGGACGACUUUGCUGCUUUCAGGCAGGAACUUCACGAGGCCCUGAAUCAGCUUCGUCAGCAGGUGGACCGUGCUGUGUCUGCUGUGCAAGCACAGCAUUCGUCUGCCAGGGGCGGUCAAGAGGACUCGUUUGGCUAUCCUGAAAAUUCUGACGCUGCCAUCUCAAUGGUGCAGCCGAUGUUGUGCACCAUCGUGACACAAGUCUCACACGAGUACGCAACGGACUUCCUGCAGAGCAAAGAGGAGAACAAGUCGACGGUCAUCCGGCGCUGCGGCGUUGGGUUGGUGAUUGACUCCACGGCUGGUUUGGUGCUGACGGACCGCUACACCGUACCCCAGCCGCUCGUGGAAGUGGAGCUGACCUUUGGCCAGACGGUGACUGUGAACGCCACAUGCCUCUUCAUGCACCCUCACCAUAACAUGGUGCUGUUGCACUAUGCCCCGACAGCAGUCAAAGAUCUUCCCGUUCGUUCAAUCGACCUCAGCGAUGUGGCAGCGGGAGAUGCGACCAAGACGGACGAGCUGAGUGCAGGUCAGAUUCUGUCGUUUGUCUCCAUCCAUUCUGACCAUCAGCUCUCAGCGAAGCAGGUGACGGUCGGCAGCAUGUGCCUCAAAGUUUGGCCGUUUCCGCAACCUCCAGCAUACCGCGGAAGGAACCUGGAGAUUUGUAACUUGAAUGACACGCUCCACGGCUUGGGCGGGCUUCUGAUCGAGCCAGCUCCGUCUUACCGCAUCCGGGCCUGGUUCGCCCAGUUCCCGGCAGGCAGCCUUCGAUACCUGGCUGGCGUGCCCGUGCAGGUGUUUGCCGCUGUCUUGGCCUCUCUAGGCCUGCCUUUGCAGGGGAGCUGGGCUGGCAAGCGAGGGCCAGCUGUAGACCCCACGUUGGCUGUGGCGGCUCUGGAGUGCGAAUUUGAAGAGGUGUCUUUGGCCAAGGCCCGCCGCGAGGACGGCGUGCCCCUGGAGAAUGCCCGGGCCCUGGCGGCCUGCAGCUCUGGGGGCCGGCGCCACAUCCUCCGCGUGGGCCGCAUCACCUCAGGCGGCGGCUGCGACGGCGUCCUUCUGGAGGGCGAUCUCAUCCUUAGCAUCAACGGCAAGCCGGUGACGAAGCCACACGAGGUGGAGCGAGAGAUGCGCAAGUGCCACGUAGCACGCGCAGAGGUGAAUUCGAUGUCUUGGCGAGUGCAGCGGUCCCGGCAGCCCGUUGAUCUAGACCUGAGGCCCACGUUGCUCCACUCCGACGGCACGGAGCACAUCGUAGUGUUCAACGGUGUAGUCCUCCGACCGACGCCUCGUGCGGUGGCGGAGCGGGGUGGGCCGACCCUACCCUUCACCCGGCCGGGGCAGGGGCUCUACUUCUGGUACAUUUAUCCGGGGUCGCCCGCGGAUACCUUCAGCUUCGCUGACAGCCGUGCGAUGCGUAAUCUCGGUUGGCUCGUGCAACUCAACAAUGAGCCGACGCCCAGCAUCGAGCGGCUUUUGGAGAUCAUCCAUUCGGGAGCCCUCAGCGGUUGCGAGUGGCUGCGGUGCCACGUCAUGGAUGCCGAAGGGCGGCUCUCCGUCCGCGCACUGAGGCCCGAUUUCGAGUUCUGGCCGACCGUCGAAAUUGUGCGAAAGAAGCAACAAGAAGAUGACGAAUACAAGACGCCCACUUGGGUGAGGCUUGAGCAUCCAGCCUAG